UUAGAAUUUAGAAAAAUAUCUAUCAAUAUUCAUAAAAUGAGCUAAAUGCUUAUUGUUAGCAAUUUGCCAUAUUCUACAAACUAAGAAGAAAUCAAAGAGCGGUUUAGAGAUUAUAAAGGAUUUUUAACUUCAAGAGUUUUUUAUAAUGAAAAGCAUAGCUUAGUUGCCGAAUAUGAAUUUAAUAAUUAUGAAUCUGCAGAAAUAGCUAAAAACUCAUUUAAUAGUUAUUUAAUCACCAAUCCAUCUCUAAGAAUUAGUAUAGAAUAUAAAGAACAUUCAUAUCAAAAUCAGUAUCAUGGUGAAUACCAUUAAUAUUCUAAUCAAUUAGUCACUUCAAAUUAACAAAUAAAUAUGGGAAUGUCUUAUUUAUCUUAGCCUUCUUAAUAAUAACAGUCGCAGCAGCUUCCAAUUUCUCAUUAGAAUUAACAAUAUUCAGCUGCUGAUUACCAACAUCACCAGUAAUAAUACCAAAAUCCUCUCGUGAAUUAAUAGCAUUCACAAGUCCAGUAAUAUUAGCAGUACACACAAAGUUAACUUUAGAAUCAGUAACAACCUCAACAACAAACUCCUCAUAGUGGUGCUAUCUUAUAGCAAUAAUAAUAGCAAUAACCACUUACUCCUAAUCACUACCAAUAAAAUUCAGUUUUCUCUAACUAGAAUCACCUAGGCCAUUAACACCCAUCUUAGGCAGUAUAGCCAUAACAGGCUUAGCCUCCUGCUCAUUAACACAUUUUAGAUUAAUAACCCCAUCAUUCUGGAAUUGUUAUAAAUAAUUCUUCUAUGUAUAAUUAACAGCAACAGCCACAACAUUAAAAUCAGCAUUUAAUAAAUCAACAAGGAUAUCAAUAAUAGUAGUAAUAACCCCAAUAAUAGUAAUAACAAUAGCAACCACAUAUUCCAUAGUCAUAGCCACCUCCUCCUCCAUCCUAAAAUAUGCUUCUGUCUCCUAAUAUCAAUCCUAUUUAGAAUCCUCAUCUAUAACAAUAGACUCCACUAAGUGCAGCUCGUUCUAUUUAAACUCCUUAAUAAAUAUACUAACAGCCUCCUUAGCUCCCAUAAAUGUAAUAACUGAAUAGCAAUUAGAGCAACAGUGGUAUUCUUUACUAAUAAAAUUACAACUAAUAAUCGCAUCACAUUCAGGUUCCACAAACUUAACCUCCACCACCUCCUUAAACUCAGUAGCAUACUUAAUAUACGAAUCAAUCUUUCAGCAGCAUGAAUAAUAACUAUGUAGCAAACUAGUUAAUUAAUGUUUUAAACUAAGUAAAUUAGUUAGAACUCAAUACUUGCAAUAAAGUUGUAGAAGCAACAAAUUCACUAUAUGUGGAUGGAGUACCUAUAGAUUCAAACGAAAGGGAAGUUUCACACAUUUUUAGGCCUUUCCCUGGAUUCUAAGCUGUAAGAUUAAUAAGAAAGCGCACAUAAGCAGGAAGAGAAUUUUAUUUUUGUUUUGUCGACUUUGAAAGUGCUCUUUAAUCAACAAUAGCAUUAAGAACUUUACAAGGAUACAGAUUUGAUAAAAAAGACACACAAGGACUGAAAAUUUCAUACGCAAACGAGCCUCACUAACCAAAAAAACAAGAAUAGUUUGGAGUAAAUAAUAAUUAACUGAAUUUAAACUAGUCUUACUCUUAAACUAGUAUUCAGCUCGGCAGCACAGAAAAUAAUAGUAUAAAUAAUAGCUAUCAAAUGAAUUAAUAAAAUUAUAAUAAUUAAAACAUUCACUAAAAAGUUAAUAAUAAUACUAAUUCUUCUAAUAAGCAAAAAAACAACUUCAACAAACAAAGAUAAAAAAAGUGA